AUGCCUCAUUCUCGAACUACUACAUCCUCGACAAUCGAGGCAACACCGGCGCCCGAUUUCCAAAGAAACCCGACCUCAGACUCGAGCACGCGAUCACAGAAACGAGGCUCCAAAAUGAGAUCCUCCUUCCAAAGGACCCAAAGCCGGAACGAUGAGUGGUCUCAAGGCCCAGAUGGAGGAUCGGGCUUCAGCUUUGUAGGCUGGUUCCGAUCCCUACGCUCGAAAAGAAAGGAGGGCAAAAUGGAUGACUUGGACACGCAGAACAGCGGUGUCGGGUCACGGAGUGACUCUCCUCCUCGGCUUCCCGAGCUGGGUCUCGAUGGCACGAGGUUGGAGCUGCUAGCUGAGGAGACGGGAUUUUCCGAAGUGGGACCGGAGAGACACGAGCUUUGA